AUGAUCACCACAUCAACUCUUCUGUCGCCCUUCUUAUCGCUGUUGCCCAGCAAAGAUGUGCAAGUCAGUAUCGAUGCCGUUCGGGAAAAUUCGGACGAAUCGUUGCCUCUGUUAAAUGUAACCAAAUCUAUGACCGCCGACCCGCAGUCACAUACCAUGGGGGAUAAACUUAUACCCUACGUGGCCCCAAAGAUCCAUUCUUGCAUUCAAACAAAUACCUUUUCUUCGAUCUUUGUCAUUGGAGAGCAUCUACGCUCACAUCCUGCCCUUAUCACCAGUAAUGAGAAAGCUGAUAAGCCGUUCAACUGGCAGCGUCCAACUGCUUCCAUUAUAAAACGUCCAGAAGGUGACGUUCUUCAACUCAACGUUCUUCCUGGGCCAGCGUACGUGGAGCACUAUGCAGCGCUACUUUCAACCUACUUCGCUUCCAAGGCAUUCACCGGAUCUAGUAUGCCGUCUGUGUACUACCAACUUCCUUCAAGUGAUGCUGCUAUCAAUUUGUUUGCUGCUUCAAAUCUGCGUCAUCUGGGACCAGUUGACUUUGCGAUCAUAGGCUAUGUUGACUCACUCCACAACUCUACGGGCCCAGGCGAAUGGGACACAGCUACACAGACUUUGGAUGGAGAAGAACCACCUCUGUUCGCAUGGAAGAAACGUGUGCUUCCCGACAAGUCAGUCGUGGCAUUUGUGGGAUGCACAGCGUGCUACUGGGGAGACAUUGGAGGCCAAUUGAUCCGUUCGCUAAGCGAAUUGAAUGGAGUUCGAGAAGCCAUUUACGUAGGCAAACUCGGAACUUUGAAUGAGCGAUAUCUUCCGAAUUCAGUUUUGGCAACUGGAUCUUCCAGUAUUUUUAUGGAUGGUGGAGUAGUGGAGUGGGACAGCAUUCUGAAGCGCGCAGUACAAGGAUCCAGUAUAGUGAAAGAUGGUGUUCACCUGACUGUACCGACUACCAUUUACGAAACCAAAGAGUGGGCAAGAGAGAUGAAGACAAAAGGAGACUGGGUAGAUCCAGAAAUUGGUAACAUGGCCCGCAUCAGUAAAGAGAAAGGAGUUGGCUUUGGAUUCUUGCAUGUGGUCACCGAUAAUCUUUCCAGGGAGGGCCUUGAAGGCUUGGUAAAUGAGAGGAAAUCAACAAUCGUGGCCGCUCGAAAGGAGUUGCUGUGUGAGGUGGAGAUUGUGUUGGAAAGAUAUUUUGAGGAGAAGAUGAAUAUCGUAUAG